GGUGUUUCAGUUAUUAGUAGACUACAGGUGUGACUCUACCAGAGGAAGUUCGAAGGCACUAGCCAGCCAUGCCAUCCAACAGGGGAGAAAAAACAUCUCUGAUUUUAUCAGCAGAAUAGGCUUGGUGAUCUCAGCAGAGUCCCAUACUGAAGGGAAAAAUGGACAAGUGAAAGGAGGUUUUCCAGAGGGAUAACCAAUUGGCUGCUAGGGUAACAAAUGAAAAGUAACCUGACUCCAUUGACCUGCUUAACCCUGCACAGAAAGGAUGGAAAAGAGCAGCCAUUUGCUCUGAAACUGAACGACAGAAAAUUGGCUCUGAAACACCAUCCGGACAAGAAUCCAGAUAAUCCUGAGGCUGCUGAGAAGUUUAAAGAGAUCAACAAUGCUCACACUAUAUUGACAGAUUUGACAAAGAAAAAUAUCUAUGAUAAGUAUGGGUCGCUGGGACUCUACGUGGCAGAACAGUUUGGAGAGGAAAAUGUUAACACUUACUUCAUGCUGUCCAGCUGGUGGGCAAAGACCCUGUUUGUACUCUUUGGUAUCCUGACGGGUUGCUACUUUUGCUGCUGCCUCUGCUGCUGUUGUAACUGCUGCUGCGGACGCUGUCGGCCCAAGUCCCCAAAGGGAGGAGAAGGAGAAGUCUACAUGUCCCCAGAGGACCUGGAGGAGCAGAUCAGGAGUGACAUGGAAAAAGAGGCAGACUUUCCUAUCACCCUCCAGCCCACCUGCGCAAAUGAGAAAACCCAACUAAUGAAAGAAGCCCGCAGCUAUACCACAGACUCCUAGAUAUCCAGCUCGCUCAGGUUCAUGGUCCUUCUGGAAGCAGCAGCAGUGCGCCUGGCAAGUAGACGGAUUCCUGAAGGAAAGAGCCCCAACGAUGUUGCAAAACCCCAGGAAUCCCUUUCUCCUUUAUGCUUUAUUUUGAGGUUAGGCACAGGUGGUUGCAAUGUAAUUUUCAGAGCAUGCAGACUCUCUUUGAGUAGACUUGCUAAUGAAACAGAUUCAAUUACACAAACAAAGGCCUAAAGAGUGUACCUUGUUCCCCUCCUCAUCCCUACUCCUCUGCCCAGACACUGUUGAGAUCUAGCAGGUUUGAAGGACCAGUGUGCCCUCACUGAAUCAAACUUCUGCCAGCUCCAAGACUAAAACCAGGAGUCAGUGACAGGAAUAUCUAUCUCUCUUUUCCUCUAAUAACUAAAAGCAGUCACAAGAACAGUCACUGAUGUUAAAAGAAGACGUUUAGGGGAGAAUUUAAGAAAAAAUUAUCAACAGGGGCCAUUCUCCCUUGCUGCCAGAGGGAUUCCCAACUCACUCCCAGUGGGUUUGGGUUGCAAGGUGUUAAUGACAUCACUGCAGAUUGUUGUUGGGGGUGGGGCACCUGAGGCUUGCACAUAAACAGCAGGUAGCUGGCAGGUGGCUGGCUUUCACUGACUUUCCAGCAGCAGAAGAAUAGGAUAAAUGUGAGGCUAAAGGGCACCUCAUCACAAAGCAUCCUCUUAAA